GUUGAUCCUUGUACAAUAUAUUAUGAGGACGUAACUGUUUUAACAUAAUCGUACAAAGUACAAUAAACUUCGUUCUUGAACAUAAGAAGUAAAGUAACGAGAAUGAAUAUUUUCGUGAAAUCUCUUACGUCAAUAGUUAAACCUGAAUACUUUGUAAAAAGUAUUUCGACAAGUUGUGCGAGAUAUAAAGAUGAAGUAGAAGACAUAGUUCAUCCGCUAGGUCAUGAACCAAAUAUACCGCCGUACGUUGAACGUAAUGCAGAGAAUAUAGACGUUAAGAAAGCUAGGCUAAUAUAUCAAUCGCGUAAACGUGGUAUGUUGGAAAAUGGUCUUCUUUUAAGUACGUUUGCCAAGAAAUAUUUAUCUAAAUUUAACGACGAACAAUUACAAUUAUAUGAUCGUCUCAUAAAUUUACCAUCAAACGAUUGGGAUAUAUUUUACUGGGCUACAGGUGCAAAGCCUACUCCGCCUGAAUUUGACAACGAAAUUAUGGAUUUAUUAAAAAAACAUAUAAAAAAUGAAGACCGUCAGUCAAGAAUAAUGCAACCAGCAUUAUAAAUAGUAUACUAUUUAGUAGAAAAAUUGUUGAUGUUUUAAUUUUAAAUUUACAUUUUAAUUCGUAGCUUUAUUAAAAAAAUUACAUUAGUGUAAUAAAGUAUUAUUUAUUCGUUUAAAUAGCGAAUACUUCUUUUGAGAAUAUGUAUACAUAUAUUUAAAAUUUAUCAUAAAUACGACCCAAAUCUAUAUACAAGUAUAUUGAUUGAUAAAAAAUGUGAAAAUUAUUUUCUAAUAUUUUUGUGCGCAUUUAAAUCCACACAUAAUUUUUUAAACCCAUUUUUAAAAAUAAAUCAUUUUAUUACAAAACUCCGUAUUUAUACAUGUUCUUCGAAUACUUGUUACAAAAAUGAUACAUGAUACUGUUGUAUUAUUUUGACUUUUAAAAUCCUGGUUUAUAUUCCGAUUUACAUAGAACAGUCACAAUCUUGCCAACACGCCUGUAAACACAAAUAUAUAAUACAAAUG